AUGCUUGCUCACACGAGCCUUCCGCCGCUGCCCCCACCUCCCACACCAACCCCGACGCCGCCCGCCCGCCGUGCCGCCGCCGCCGCAGUCGGAGGCGGUGGCGGCGUGGAGUUCCGCCGCAAGCUCCACUUUCUGUCGGCCGAGCUCCACCUUGACCCAUUCCCGCUCCUCGCCCUACAUCCAGAGCUCCGCUCGGCGCCGCUCCCGCUCCUCCACGACUCCCUGCGCCUCCUCCUCUCGCACGGGCUCUCCGCGGGCGACGCCUCCCGCGUCUUCGCGGCCUUCCCGGCGCUCCUCACCUCUCCCCCGGAGGAGUCCCUCCGCUUCCUCUCCGCCGCCGCGCCGCUGCCCCCUCCGCUCCUCCGCGCCGCGGUGGUGCGCUCCCCUCGCCUCCUCGCCGCGUCCAUCCCGGACACCCUCAGCCCCGCGCUCCACUUCCUUCGCCGCCGCAUCUCCCUGCGCCGGAGACCGCUCCCGCUCGCCGCCGCCCUGCUCCUCGCCUUCUCCGUCGACCGCACCCUCCUCCCCAAGCUCCUGUUCCUCGGCGAAGCCACGGGGCUCCCUGACCCCGCCGUCUGCACCAUUAUUCGCCGCGCCCCCGCCAUCCUCUCCUAUGGCAUCGAGACCAACCUCACGCCCAAGCUCAAGUUCCUCGCCGAUGGCAUGGGCAAGGAUCCAGCCACCGAGCUCACCCAGUUCCCGCACUACUUCGCGUUCAGCUUGGAGGGGAGGAUCAGGCCGAGGCACCAGACCUUGAGGGUCAGGGGCGUUCAGAUGUCAAUAAAGGACAUGCUCACCAUCAGCGACGAUGAGUUCAAGGAGCGGCUCGUCGAUGCCGCACUGUCGAGGCAGAGGACGUGAACCUGCACUCAGAAGCAGGGUAUCCGUGGUGGCUGUACUGAAUCUGCUUGUGCAAAAUGACAGCGCACUUUGGUUUGGAUUUGAUCAAGAAGAUCACCCUCUAAUGCGCUGAAUGCCAUCAACAAUAACUUGGAAGAGUUUCAUGUGUUUAUCUGGAUUCACUAUCAUCAACUAAAGCCCGACGGCAAGGCUGAGAUAUAUGAAAGUCAUCCAGAGAGAGGCAAGAGUUUGUGAUCUCUGAAGAAUGAUCAUUUUAUAUCGUCAUUGCCGUGAGUCAAUGAUGUUCACAAUGACAUGAAAAAAGUGACUGCUAUUAUGAUUUUUCUCGAAUAGUCUGUUGCUGCUAAGUUGAUACAUUUCGUCUCCUAACCUUGGAGGAAAGAUGGGGUCUGAGCAUGAGCUCUUUGAGAAGGAAAUUUUUGUUUGAUGGUGGAGCUUUGGGGCUUAGGUUUAGGGAAUAGGACUACAAUGUUGGCGAUUACAAUUGUAAUUUGGUGUGAAUAUGUGCCGUUGGACUGUUUGUGAUGGUCCGAUUCAACCUCGUUUUUUCUACAGCAAACCACCAAGCUUUCGAGGAAGGAUGGGUCUGAGGCAUGAGCUGUUUGAGAAGGAAUUUUUUUUGUUUGAUGGUGGAGCUGUGGGACUUAGCUUAGGGAGUAGGACUACCAUGUUGGAGAUUACAAUUGUAAUUUGGUGUUCCUUCUCACAGGGACUGUUUGUGAUGGUCUAAUUCACCUCGUUUUUUCUACAGCAAACCACCAAGUGAAGGCGUUCUGCACUAUGACUGGACCUUCAGUAAGUUUAUCGCCAGUUAGACGGACAUUGUAGUGCACUAUAAUGGGUUUUUGGGAUUCCCCUGGGAGUGCCGUCCCAACAAGAUCAAUCCAGAAGUUACCAGAGAGGCUACCAGGAGUGCCUAUAACAGUUACAGAAGAACCUGCAACAAGCCCGCAAGUUCUUGCAUCGUUGAUUGCUUCGGUUGCAUGAGGAAGGCCGGCGGAGAUGUUGGCUAACUGCUUCAUGUGAUUCCAGGUAUCUAGCCAGUGUAAUCCUUCAAGAGAGGAAUUCCCGGUAUCCAAGCUGCUUGAAGCAUCCGGUGCUACUGCUACUACCUGUGUUUUCUCCGGAUCGGUUACCGGUGUAUCGGCUCGGUUGCUCAGCCAUGCGAGGGGAUUGGCAUGUAGGAUUUGAUUUCGGGAUUCUCCUGAUGCGGGGCUGUUCACUAUCAAGUAUCGCACGACAAGAGGAGAGAAGAAGGUGAUCAGAACUGCAACACUGAUUUGCUUUGUUGUCCACAUUUCUGAUCUCACCUUCCACGGAGCCGUGGCAUUCAGCCCUUGUAAGUAGUAUCCACGCUUCUGGUCAAGGUCCAGCAUAGCACGUGUGUAAGCAUUCUUGCUCAAAUAUAAAUUAAAGUACCAAGUUGACGAUGUUACAUAUCAGUGCCAAGAACAUGAAACAAAAUGGAAAUAAACUACACCCUAGUGAUUGAAAUAUCGGAACUUCCAACCUUUGGGUUGGUGUGCUA